GUGUGUGCAGGCCCCCGAACAGAUGUCAUCAAGUCUUUGAGCUUCUUGGGAUGGUUACAGCACAGCUCUACAAGAACCAACGCCCAUUUUCGACCUCCCUCCUUUCCGUCAAAUACAUUUCUAGUUUGCAAUGUAUCGCAACCGCGAAUAGCAGAACCGUACACGCCUUCCCAUGAUCCCUUAUGCCUCAACCAUCCAGUAGCCAACGCGCAUCUCCACCAUGGCUUCUCCGUCCACACGGAAGUCUACAGAGAGCUUCAAUCUGUCCAAUUCGCCUCCGCAGUCACAGUCGCAAUUCCCAUUCCCUCAACACGAUUGGAAUAUAAGAUCAAGCUCCACCAGCCGGUACCAGCCCCGUCGUGGGUCAACGUCUAGUUCAAUACACUCCUUCGGGGGAGCCUUGGAUACCUCAUUCAAAUCAAGCAUAGGCGCGGUGAGGGAACACAACCAAAAUGCCAUCUCAACUCUACUACAGCCCCCCAUUGUCCGCACUGGCAUGCUACCACAUACAUCGGCUUCCGCGGCAUUAUCACAACACAAACCCCCGUCUACCAAAGAUAUACCACCCGUAACCCUACCGAACAUCCCACAUAUCGAGCCGUCAGCGUUCAGUCCAUACCUCUCACAGGUUGGCAAUCUAUAUGAUGCUUUCCAGAGAGCUAAAGCCGAGGCUGAGGGCGAUACCGCUUCAAUAAUUGGGCGAGACUCUGCCAGGAAGGAUGAUUCCGUGGACACUUCCGAACUUGGUCUGCGAGGCGCUUCGCCUGCAGCCACUCCAAAACUAUCGGGCGGCGUUUUCUCACCCUCCGGGUCGCCCAAGCCAAAAAGACGCGCAAGCGGAUCGAAGCGUGCACUUCCUACCGUUACGCCGUUGUCUACGAUACCCAAUAUUUACUUUGAUGAAAACUUUCGUCUGGAAAAUCCACGCACUUUUGAUGUUGUUAGCGAGCGAUCUGAGGUAGUGCGACCGGUACAGUCUAAGAGCAGCGAUGAUGUAAAUAUUGCCAAUGGAUCAUUCGAACCUCCUCAGCAACCCGGACGGAAGGCAUUGGCCACAAAUGCAAUACUUCAGGAGAAGCUAUCUUGGUAUAUGGACACAGUUGAAGUACACCUGAUAUCUUCUAUAUCUACGGCUUCAACCUCUUUUUUUGCAGCUUUGGGGUCCUUGCGCGAACUACAGUCAGAAGCAUCGGAUUCGGUUGCCAAAAUUAAAGCUGUGCGAGAGGAUCUGCGUCGCUUGGACGAGCAGAUGGCUGUUGGUGGGCUGAAGAUCGUUGAUAUGAAGAGACGACGAGAAAACUUGAGGAGGUUGACUGAUACAACGGAUCAACUGCAUGCAGUUAUGACUGGAUUGUCACAUUGCGACGAAGUCGUCGACAAGGGCGAUCUUGAAGUUGCUAUAAACCGUUUGGGCACGGUGGAGCGAUUGAUUUCUGGUGACUUGGAUACCUCUGAUCCUUCCAAUGAUGCUUCAUGGAUACCCGCUCAUGUACCUGCGUUCACAACGGAUCUACGACAUCUUAGAGCUUUAGAUGGCGUGGGAGAGGGCCUACAAGAUCUAAAAUACCGCAUUGGCAAGGGCUUCGAAGCCCGUUUCUUGGAGACAUUACUUUCAGAUCUACGACAGCAUGUGAAGAGCGUGAACAACCGCGAUACCUUAACACGAUGGGUAACUACUUCGCAACGAGCACGUGGACAGCACUCUCGAUUAAAGUCCGUCCUACCAGCCUAUCUGAACACCAGUAACUCCUUUCGUCAUGAUCUGCGAACAAACCUUAUGGGAUUGAGUAGCUCCAAUUUUACUAGCCAAGCCAGCUCUGCCUUUCGGGAUGCGAUCCUUCGCGAGAUGAAGGUUCUUAUUCGACAUUAUCUCCCCAGUUCCACCGACGAUGAUGCGGAGUCUAUGACAUCUGUUUCGACUAGAAGUGGCCGGGGCCACAGCCAGCAAGACAAAAACUCAAUAUUGGCCCGUAAUCUACGCGCAAUGGAUCCUGCGGAUGCCGAGGAAUUCUUUGUCAACAUUUUCACUGAUAUUGGGGAGGCCAUUCGCAGAUUAAGCAUUCAGAUCAAGGUCCUUCUCGACGUUACCAGUGGAGUCAGUACUCCACCCGCGUCCAGCGGCGGCCUUCGUUCGCCUCCCAGGAGUCCAAACAUUGGCAGCAUCGAUGGGUAUCUUGGUGGGAAUAUCCCUCCCUCCGGUCCAAACGCAUUGCAGGAAGAACUCAUGCAGGCUCUGGAUAUGUCGAGCCUCCUCGGACAGGCUGUUGACGCAGCACAGAGCCAGAUUACGAAACUUCUCAAGGUUCGCUCAGAAGCCACUACGAAUCUUCCAUUGGAUCGAUUUUUGAGGUACUUCAAUCUUUGCAGACUUUUUGCAGAUGAGUGCGAGGCAGUAUCUGGGCGCUCGGGUGCGGCUUUGAAAGGCGUUGUCAAUAAUCACAUCAACGAAUUCAUUCCGAAAUUCGCAGACUUCGAAAAGCAACAGCUUAUUCACUCUAUGGAUUCUGACCGAUGGGACCCGAAAGACUUUGACGAUGCGGACAACGCCGUAUUGGCCAGGAUUCUCCAGGGAAUGACAAGUGAUCAUGGCGAUUGGACUGAGCGCGGUGAUAUUCUCGCAGACAUUAGCGAGCAUGAAGCUGUUUCAUCACAAUCUCAAAGCAAUGGAACAACCAAGGAGAAAUCGAAGAAUCCCACCGCUGCGACUGUUGAUGAAGAGAAAUACAUUGUCUCUGAGUCAUCUUCUAUUGUUCUCCGUGGCAUCGACCGUUUUGAAGCAUUACUGGCAAACAUUCCCAGCAUGACAGGGGAGGUAUCUGCCUCCCUCUGCGAUUAUCUGAAACUCUUCAAUUCGCGGCUGUGUCAGCUGAUUCUCGGUGCGGGUGCUCGGCAUAGCGCAGGGUUGAAGAACAUCAACACCAAACAUCUUGCCAUUGCGUCUCAAACCUUGAGCUUAGGAAUUGCUAUACUACCAUAUAUUCGCGAGUUUGCACGACGCCAUGCUUCGGGGGCGCGGUCUUCUCUAGCCGAGUACGACAACGUGAAGCGACUUUACCAGGAUCAGCAAGUGAAGAUCCACGAGAAACUUACAGAAGUCCUGAGCGGUCGAGCCACAGUGCAUACUCGUAGUCUUAAAAAGGUCGAAUGGGAUCAGGAUACUGAGCGUGAUGUCAGUGCUAACAUGGAAUCGCUCACCAAAGACACUGUCACUCUGCACAAAGUCAUCACCAAGUAUCUGAAUGAAAUGACAGUUCGCAUGAUCAUGGGCCCGGUUUUCGAAAGUUAUCGUGAGCAAGUCGGAGCGUUGUUGAAGGAGGCUGUGGUGAAGACUCCAGCUGGUAAAGCAAGGUUGCUCCGCGAUGCUAAACUAUUCGACACGCGCCUGAGCCAUAUUGAUGGGGCAGGAAACGUGGGCGCAUAUCUCAUACAGCUUGUCGAAGCUAAAGUCGUGAAAGAAGCGCCAGGCGCGAAAGAGAAGAGUGCGGUUGAAGAGCAGGCGGCGGAUUCAAAUCCACCUCAGAAACCUGACAUUGAGGCAACCUGAAAGUGUACAUUGAACUGAUCAUUUGACCCAUCACUUUCUAACGAUUUGAUGUCCCCAUUGGGAGCACUGUUGGGACCAGUUCUGUGGAGUCAUAUAGGAAGUCAAGCCCCAAAACGAGUCUGUGUCGUGAACUGCAGAUAGUAGUCUGGCUAUGCUCAAGCCACCCACACGCAUGUGUUCAUGCAAUGUGGAGUAGCCUCCAGAUUGCUCUGGAAUCUGCAAUCGCACAUAUCAUUAUCAUUCUUCCAGUCGACACCCCUAUCUGUCAGUUAUCUAGAAUAGAUCAUGAUCAAUCAUGUUAUGAGCGUAUCGGAGUCUGGCAUCUAUCGGCGUUGCUACACGUUCUAAGUAAGAACAGCUAGUUGUGAAUUCUAC